CUCUAUAAAUAGAAUUCGUUUGGACCACUCUAAAAGCAUAUACACAUCAUCAAAAAUCAAAAUGCAGUACCAAUCAGAUUCGAGCAACUCCUCCUCCUCCUCCGCCGCCGCCGCCGCCGACGCUCUGGAGAGGGUGGUGUGGCUGGCGUCGGGCAGCGCGGUGGUGAUAUUCAGCAUGAGCACGUGCUGCAUGUGCCACGCCGUCAAGCGCCUCUUCUGCGGGAUGGGCGUCAGCCCCACCGUCUACGAGCUCGACCACGAUCCCAUGGGCCGGGACAUCGAGGCCGCGCUCUCGCACCUGCUCGGCGGAGCAGCCGCCAUGCCGGUGGUUUUCGUCGGCGGAAAACUCGUCGGGCCGAUGGAUAGAGUCAUGGCGGCGCACAUUGGCGGCGCUUUGGUGCCGCUGCUGAAGGAAGCCGGGCGCGCUCUGGCUUUGAAGUCAGCGCGCUGGCUUCCUCUCUUUUUUUGUGGUGAAAAAAAGGAAUUAAAUUUCUUGUGUUGGGGAAUUGAUUUUACUAGGAGGAGUAGCUUCUCCAACCUAUGGAAGAGGUGCAAAUCUAUUAAAAAGGGUGGUUCCUUGAUGAAGAGCAAAUCUUUUCCUCUCAAUCUUGAGGAGAACAAGGUGGCGCCGCCAGGGUAUCUUCCAAUCUACGUCAGCCGGGACAAAAAGAGGUCCAUGAUCAAAACCGAGCAUUUAAACAAUCGCCUCUUCAAGAGUCUACUUGAAAAAGCUGAAUAUGAAUCUGAAUAA